CGUGUCUGCUGCCGUUCCUCGCCAGCGUCAUCUCUCGCCGACUCCGACCGACCGAAUGAAUGGAGCCCAUUAAAGCCAGCUGCAGUCGCAGACGGAGCCAGGCCCCAAUCGGAGCACUGGAAGAAAAGUGCCUUAUGCAGAUGUGGGCGCCGAUUUCUCAUUGAGAGCGUGGAAAUCCAGACAUUCCGAAUUCAGAAUCAGUCCCCGAAUAGCUCUCCCUGGCUCUCUGCACACACGUUCGAGUUGGAUCCAAUCUGUCGACUCCACCACCACCAACCCCACCAUUGCCUCCACCCCCGUUCGGGUGAGUAAUGCACGCCGCCACUUCGAUUCAAACUGAUCAUGUGCAAUUCCGAUCGAAACGAUCUUCGGUCGAGCGGUUAUCAGUUGGCCGAGUCUGUUGGGGGCCAUUGCGUCAUCCGCACUGUGUUUGUGUACAGUGAUCGUGACCGAGGCCGUAAUGAGAUCCGUACACAAAGUGCGCAGCCUCCGGAAAGCACUUUCACUCUCCCUUUCGUUGCCGGAACCAAUCCGCGGCUCAUCACUUGCCAUUAGCCGAGAUGUCGCGCCGGAUGGUCUUCCUGCAGUUGCUGCUGUGGGCAGUAGUUGAGGGUCACUACUACUACGACUACGGCUACUGGGAGAUCAACGAGCCUCCACCGCUUUGCUCCGACUACGAAAUGCUGGUGGUCAAUACCCACCAGUGCGUGAGGCGCUGUAACAUCGUCUGCCGGAAUGGAGUGUGCUUCGAGGACGGACCCUGUCCCUGUGCCGACCAGUAUCUGGCGGGUAAUCCGGAUGGGUUGGUGUGUGCCGCAGAGUGCCUCCCCGGGUGCGUGGCGGCAGGUGGCUACUGCGCCGCACCAGACCUCUGUGUGUGCCGUAAGGACAGGCACUACUACUUUGAUCCCCUCUCCCAAAAGUGCCGCCACAGGGCUGCCCGUCUGCUGGACCCCUGCCUUGGACGCUGCACACAUGGCACCUGCUCCUCCGACGGACGGUGCAUCUGUGCCCAGGGAUACGAGCUAAGGGACAGCCUUCUUCACGGACAGCAAUGCAUGCCAAUCUGUGAUCACAACUGCGGACCACGAGCCUACUGCUUCGCUCCCAACUUGUGUGCCUGCCGGCACAAACAGCACCAUUUUGCUCACAACGGCAUCUGCUCGAGGGACUAUUGACCUAGAGAGGAGGUUUGACAGCAAUGGGGCUGUUUUAAGUCCCGCUGAUGACGUCUGGAUUUUAAUAUAUUUAUUGUUUAGGUUUAUAAUUAUUAAGGAAUUAAACUACAAAACUAUGUUACGCUUUUGAUUAAUUUAAAAAUCGAAUGGAAAGGCAAUCUUGUCUUUGGAAACGGUAAUAAGGAGUAACAUAAAGUAAUCUAUAAUUCGUCCAUAUCAAAAUACCAAAUUAAAAAACACAAAGAGACACACUAACUUUAUUAAGUGCUUACCCUGUAAUAAUUAUUGGGCAACAAUAUAUGUGUGUACUUACGCUUGAUAGUUCGUACUGAGUCCGGAAACUUAAGUGCCUUACCUUUUGCAGGGCACAAUUCAGAGAGCGCAGUGAGAUUUUGAUUUUAAAGAGCGCAUGUCAACUGGUUUGGUUGUGGUGUUGUUGUUGCCGCACCCACCCCGCCGAAUUACAAAGAUACUUUGUUAUUGUUUAUAACAAAUCGGACACAUGGAAGUGCAGAAUACUACAAUAUACAGUCUACAAUUUCCGAUCGCCGCCGAUCAGCAGAGAAACCGGAGCAGACAUGCGUACGUGUUCUCCAGAGGCGUCUCCUACUAAAAUGCUGCCAAGGGGGUAUCGUAGAGGGAGCGUGGAUCUGAAGAGGGGCUUCUGUGUUCAGAUGUUAUUAGGCCAUUGAUAAGGCCCGAAUUUUAAAGUGUUUGUGCUUGCGGGGCCUAUAAUAUUUGGGGUAUUUCAACUAACCCACACCCCCUAGAGGGUAUUUCUUAGAUAAAGACCAGAACCGUCAUUUUUAGCUUUGCGCGUGUGGCGUGUUAUUGUUUUACUUGUUGUUGUUUCACUAGAGGCGGGCCUCUUGGUCUCGACGACAAGGCACAGUGGGCAGAGUCACUAAACAGAGGAGAUCAUUUUGUCUUUCUUUUUUCAAUUUUGAUACCUGAGAAAUUGUAUAUAUAACAUAAUUAUUAUUUAUGCAUUGCUAUUCCUCGUAGUGUCGUGUAUUACGUUCGUAUACAAUGGAUUUAUAUAAAUUGAACCAAUAACACGUUGUGAUGAGUUCCACUGUGCCAGCAGCAAUAACAACAAAAACAUUGGCAGGCGGCAACACCGUGUCCGCAGCCGUUGUUCUCCAUCACGAUUCAGUUGGAGUUUUGCUGGCCAUCGGCGCGGUUGUAUCUCUGCUGGAGCUCCUGCACACCAUCCUAUCCAAUCCCGAAGAGCUCUCUCGCCUUUGCUUAGUGCAGCAAUUUGCAAUUUUAAUUAUCUGCAAGGCGGUUCGACCAGAAACUGAAAGA